AUGACAAUGAUACAAGAGAAAUACCAAAACAAAGAGUCCAAGAGCGACAUCAACGAAACAUUCAAUAAUGAACCUUUGGACAAUAAAGACACUCAAAGUUUGGAAGAAAAUGUUGAAGAAGAGUUGAAAAACAAAUCAUACAAGGAUUACAUUUUGAUUACAAUUUUAUGUUUUUUGGUAGCCUUUGGAGGAUUUGUUUUUGGUUAUGAUACAGGAACAAUUUCAGGAUUUGUUAACAUGACUGAUUUUAUAGACAGAUUUGGUGAAUUUAACGACAGUGGAGAGAAAUAUUUGAGCAAUGUACGAACUGGAUUGAUUAUUUCCAUUUUCAACAUUGGAUGCUGUAUUGGUGGAUUGGUUUUCUCCAAAGUAGGUGAUAUCUAUGGAAGAAGAAUUGGAUUGAUGUUUUCCAUGGUCAUUUAUGUCAUUGGUAUUAUUGUUCAGAUUUCUUCUCGGACACAGUGGUACCAAAUUUGUAUUGGCCGUGCCAUCACCGGGCUAUCUGUGGGAACAGUCUCAGUUAUCUCCCCCAUGUUUAUUUCCGAGUCAUCCCCCAAAUUAUUGCGUGGUACUUUAGUUUGUUGCUUUCAAUUGUGUAUAACUUUGGGUAUUUUCAUUGGCUAUUGCUGCACAUAUGGUACCAAGCAAUUGGACGAUUCCGCACAAUGGAGAAUACCCCUUGGAUUGUGCUUUCUUUGGGCCAUUUUUUUGGGUGUCGGUAUGUUGUUUAUGCCUGAAUCGCCUAGAUUCUUGGUUGAAAAGAAGCGCAUUGAGGAUGCGAGAGCAUCGAUUGCCAAAUCUAAUAAAUUGGCAGUAGACGAUAAGGUGGUAAGUUUGGAAUUGCAAUUGAUUCAAGCUGGUAUCGACAGGGAGGAGUUGGCGGGAACAGCAUCUUGGAAAGAAUUGAUUACCGGCAAGCCAGCCAUUUUCAAGAGAGUCUUGACUGGUGUUGCAUUAGCAUCGUUGCAACAAUUGACAGGUAACAACUAUUUUUUCUACUUUGCAACGACAAUUUUCCAAGCAGUGGGAUUGGAAGACUCUUUUCAAACUUCAAUGAUUUUAGGUUGUGUAAACUUCCUUUCCACCUUUGUCAACAUCUGGGCAAUUGAAAGAUUUGGAAGAAGGCUUUGUUUGUUGAUUGGUUCAACAGGCAUGUUUGUUUGUUUUGUCAUCUACUCAGUGCUUGGGUCCACAAACUUGUAUGAAACUAGUGAUUUCCAAAACGCACCCACACAUUUACCAACAGGACGAGCCAUGAUUUUCAUCACAUGCUUGUACAUAUUCUUUUUUGCAUCUACUUGGGCAGGUGGUGUUUAUGCAAUCUUGUCAGAAACCUACCCUUUGAGAGUCCGCUCCAAAGCAAUGGCUGUGGCCAUAGGAUUUAAUUGGAUCUGGGGGUUCUUGAUUUCAUUUACAUCUUCAUUCAUCAUUAACUCAAUCCAUUUCUAUUACGGAUUCGUAUUUACUGGAUGUCUUGCUGCUUCUUUGGUGUUUGUGUACUUUUGCAUCAUGGAGACAAAAGGAUUGACGUUGGAGGAAGUCGACGAGAUGUAUUCGCAAGGUAUAUUGCCAUGGAAGUCGGGAAGCUGGGUGCCUCCAUCUUCUGAGGAAAUGGCAACUUCGACUGGUUAUGCAAAGCCCAAGGACGAGCAUGUAGAUUCUGUCUAA